CAAACCGUUAGAAGUUAGAGAAGACAAGCAAUCCCGGUUGUCUUUUUGAAGCAUCCAAACUGAGCACACAUACAAAGGACUGGCACGACUUUUUUUAUUAUUCUUUUUCCCCUUUUAAAAAACAAACAAACAAACAAACAAAAAUAGGCUUAUGAGGACCAUUUUAAGCGGAUUCAUGAGAGUCGUCGCUGCUCAAGCUCUGUGUCUACUUUUUUCCUCUGUGGAUCGGGACCAGAGUCCCAGAAGUUAGACGCAUCCUUUAUCAGGAGGAAUCAGAGGACAACAGCUGCUUCAAGAUGAAGUGUAAAAGAGGCCUCACUUACCUGAGGAUAUUUGGGACCACCAUGUUCGGCGUGUCUCUCCUGGUGGGCAUCUCGACAGCCUAUAUCAUGGGCUACCAAUUUUUUACUACAGCUCAAAAUCACCUAUCUUUUGGGCUGUAUGGUGCCAUUUUGGUUGUUCACCUUAUUAUCCAGACCCUCUUUGCACUCCUAGAACACCGUAACAUGCGGCGCUCCUUAGAAACACCAAUUAAACUGAACAAGUCCUUGGCAUUGUGCAUCGCUGCAUAUCAGGAGGAUGAAAACUACCUAAGAAAAUGCCUUGUGUCAGUGAAGAGGCUGACAUAUCCUGGUAUCAAAGUUAUCAUGGUGAUCGAUGGAAAUUCAGACGAUGACUUGUACAUGAUGGAGAUUUUUAAGGAGGUCAUGGGAUCGGACAGAUCGGCCACGUACGUGUGGAGGAGUAAUUAUCACAGCAGAGGACCCGAGGAGACAGAUGAGAGCUACGCUGAGAGCCUUCAGCAGGUGUCCAGGGUUGUGCUGAACAGCAAAUGUGUGUGCAUCAUGCAGAAGUGGGGAGGGAAGAGAGAGGUCAUGUAUACAGCCUUCAAAGCACUGGGAAGGAGCGUGGAUUAUGUGCAGGUGUGUGACUCUGACACCAUGCUGGACCCAGCAUCAUCAGUGGAGAUGGUUAAGGUUUUGGAGGAAGACCCUAUGGUGGGAGGAGUUGGAGGAGAUGUACAGAUCCUAAAUAAAUAUGAGUCGUGGAUCUCCUUCCUGAGCAGUGUUCGGUACUGGAUGGCUUUCAACAUUGAGCGGGCUUGCCAGUCCUACUUCGGCUGCGUUCAAUGCAUUAGCGGGCCUUUAGGAAUGUACCGGAACUCUCUCCUGCAUGAGUUUCUUGAGGACUGGUACAAUCAGACCUUCAUGGGAUCCCACUGCAGUUUUGGGGAUGACCGUCAUCUCACGAACAGAGUUCUCAGCCUCGGGUAUGCAACAAAAUACACUGCACGGUCAAAGUGCCUUACAGAGACACCAAUUACAUAUCUGCGGUGGCUCAAUCAACAGACACGAUGGAGCAAGUCAUAUUUCAGAGAAUGGCUGUACAACUCCAUGUGGUUCCAUAAACACCAUCUUUGGAUGACUUAUGAGGCUGUGAUCACUGGCUUCUUCCCAUUUUUCCUCAUCGCCACAGCGAUCCAACUCUUUUACCAAGGAAGGCUCUGGAAUAUUCUUUUGUUUCUACUCAUUGUUCAAGCAGUGGCGCUGAUUAAGUCAUCAUUUGCCAGCUGCCUCAGAGGUAACAUUGUCAUGGUGUUCAUGUCAUUUUAUUCUGUACUGUAUAUGUCAAGCCUGUUGCCAGCGAAAAUGUUUGCAAUAGCAACAAUCAACAAGUCUGGAUGGGGGACUUCUGGGAGGAAAACAAUCGUGGUGAACUUUAUCGGUCUGAUUCCAAUAUCAGUAUGGUUCACUAUCCUUUUCAUUGGAAUUUUAUACACAGUAGUACAACAGACUAGAAAACCCUUCCCCGACUCAGAAAAGAUUGUUUUGAUAAUAGGGGCAGUGGUCUAUGCAAGUUACUGGGUUAUACUGUUGACAUUAUAUACAGUGCUCAUAAAUAAAUGUGGGAAAAGGAAGAAGGAAACACACUAUGAUAUGGUGCUGGAUGUGUGACUUACAGACUACAAUCAUGAUUUCCCAAUGAAACCGGGGGUUUCUCUCACACAUCAUCUUGUUGUUAUACAAAUGUAUUUUAGCUGUAGAGCAGCUCUGGAGGCAAAGUGAGGUCAACUAAAAUGGACAAAGAAAUAUAAAUAUUUUCUAGACUAAAUGCCAGUGGCUGUGACCAUAGCAUCCAGGAUCCUUGUACAUCCUCAAGCUAGCCAUUUGACAUACUCAAAUAAGGUUUAGCUGAAGAUCAAUUGGUUUAGUCUGAUUAGCUAAUUUGGAUAACUCAGAAUGGCAAGAUUGUGUUUAUUGCAUUUGGCAGCAAGAGCGCUAGGCUUUAUAAUUUUAGCUACCUCUUACCCUUGUCAUUUUCACUGGGCUUCAUCUAAUAUUAGCAACUAAGCCAAUAAAACUGGAUUCUUAGAUGGGAUUUAACUUGUCCAGUAAGAAUAUUUUCCCUCCAGAGCACUCUCUCCAGUAAAUGUGUUUUUUUCUCACUUAAACUAAAGAACAAGUUUUGUGUUGCCUCCGUCAAAUGAAAGCCUAAAGACUGCCCGAUUGUCUCCAGUCUCAAAUGACUGAACAACAUUGACAAAAAUCUACAUUAAUAGUGAUAAAAGGUAUUGGUAGAGGCUAUCACCAGGGCUAUAUAAUUAGUGUAAUUGUACCACAUACACAGUGUCUAGUCUGUGUAGAUCUCAUAAAUAGAUAGGGGUGAUCUAUUUUACCACUUCAAAACUUACAAAUCCACCUAAAGUUAUUUCACUCAAGUUUAUUUUUUUUAUUGCCACAUGUUCAAGUUAAGUGUACCUUUUCAGUGUUUUAAUCUGUUUUGGAAAGAGCUACAGUAUCAAUUUAUGAAGCCAGAAGGAGUGUAGAAAGGGCUUUGAAAUGGAAAGCGGCCUUCUUUCUUUCAAUGCUCUCAUGUCAUAUGGGAAAGAUGCAAACUUCCUUGUGCUCUUCACCUGUUACGGUUUAAGGGAGCAAAUAUAACAUUUGGAAUUGCCGAAAGAAUCAGAUAGCCAGACUGCUUUGAUUCUUAUGUCAGCAACAAGAAAGCACUUGGUUGGAAAAAGGUUGGGUUGGAAUGUAACCAAUGGACUGGCUGUUCAAUGUAUGCUCAAUGUGAAAACAUAUCAUCACCUAAUGUUGUGGUAUAUUUAUUGUUAUUCCCAUGUGACAUGACUGCAGUAUUUUUAGUUUACAAAGUGAAACUGAUCACUGACCAGCAGAAUUUAUAUCUGUCUGAUCAGGCGACCAGGUGAUGACCACAAGAGAGAGAUGACGUAUCAUUGCUGCUGUGACUGUUUUACUUUUACAGAAACAGUGACUUUUGUUUUUUCGUCUUUUAACAAGGUUUAUUUUAGAUGUAUGUUGCAAAAGUGGCUAAAACACUAUUAUUGUUGUCUUUCUACCAGUAUGAAUUUUAACCACCAAGCAAACAAGAUGGACAAGUUCCAGCCCAAAGAUUUUGUGACAUAAGGAUAAAGUGGUUACAUCUCUAAGCUGCCUUGCAUUCUGUUCACUAGCAAGGGAAAAAGUAGAUGUGAGAUUAUGUUAGUGUCUACUGGGAAUAGUACUACCUGAUCAUAGGAAUGUGAAUAAGGGCAGUUGAUAGUAGGAAGCAAUAUUUUGGAAUAAGUCCAGUGUUUGCUAUA